UUUAUCAUCUCCACUUCGUUGGCAUAUGUUUACAGACGUAUACAGUAAUUUUGUCAUCUUUGCAUUUAUUUAUUUCAUAUAAAAUUAAUAAUGUAAAAAAGACUCCGUAUUUUAUUUAGAAAAUACCAGUUGUCUUUUUUGCUGUGAAUCUCGUUAUUUAUAAAUAACAAACAUACUCAAAGGCAGUACAAACGGGCGAAAAUCAAACCAUUCAGAGACAAAGAAGCCAAGUGGCCAAAAUGAUCACUUCAAACUUUGUGCGUUCUACCUGCGGCAUUUCGUUAGUGUUUUUGGCGUUUUGUAUAGCCGACUCUGCCAGCGAUGAGAAUCUUUCAAUACAACGCUAUCUGUCGUCGGACGACACAAGUAUAAGCACAAAUAAACGCAUUCAACAGAUUAUGCAGGGCGGCUCAGCGGCGGAUAUAAGUUGGCCACAACCACCUAAACUAAAAGCCGAGAAAAUCGAUGUGAAAGAGGAAAUAGAGAAAUUAAAUACAACCUAUGUGUAUCAAAGCGCAUGGCCAGCUGAUGAGCUUAAAUUGGGUGCCGUGAGUGCGGUUAGUUUUGACAAAGAAGGCAACGUUGUUAUAUUUCAUCGUGUAGAUCGCAUAUGGGAUGGUAAUACGUUCGACAACCAAAAUGUCUUCCAACAUGCAAGAAAAGGGCCCAUACGCGAUAAUACCAUAUUGGCGUUAGAACGUAAAACUGGACAUGUCGCCUAUGGUUGGGGAAAGGGACUUUUCUACAUGCCACAUGGUUUGACAAUCGAUCAUGAGAAUAAUGCUUGGGUCACCGAUGUGGCGCUGCAUCAAGUAUUCAAAUUUGGUCCACACGGCUCUAAUGAUAAACCGCUGAUGACAUUGGGUACUGCCUUCAAACCCGGUGUUGGUGAUGCGAAAUUCUGUAAACCCACUUCAGUUGCCGUGCUCGAGAAUGGUGACUUUUUCGUGGCAGAUGGUUACUGCAAUGCACGUAUUUUGAAAUAUGACAGCGAGGGAAAGAAAAUUCUUUCAUGGGGACAAAACUCUUUCUCUGGCGUAUCAUUUGAGGUGGCGCCAAAGAACUACUUCGCCAUACCGCACGCACUCACACUUGUGCCCGAACAGCAAUUGAUUUGCGCAGCUGAUCGUGAAAAUGGACGCGUGCAGUGUUUCUACUGGAGCAACGGUACAUUCCAUUCACAAUAUCAUAGUCAAAUCAUCGGCGAUCGUUUGUUUAGCAUGGAUUAUACGCCAGCAGAAGGUGGUCAACUUGUCGUUGUUAAUGGACCGGUCGGCGAGUUGGGUCUCAAAUUGCAACCUUACAACGAAGUACGCGGCUAUGUGCUCAAUAUGCGUACCAAACAGGUGAUCUCAAAGUUCGGUCCUAAUGAUAUGCAAUUCUCCAAUCCACAUGAUGUCGCAGUCACCAAAGAUGGCAAUGAAAUCUAUGUCGCCGAAUUGAAUCCGAUGCGUAUACACAAAUUUUUACAUAAAACCGUUGCCAAAUCGUUGCCGUUGUCAGCUGUAAAACCGUCUGCAGUUAGUAGCAGCAACACAUUGAGUCGCACCGGUCCCGAAUAUCAAGUGGAUGGUGUUUCGGUUAAAUCUAACGUGUCUAACACUGGCAAUACCGCAGCAGGCGCUAUGUUGUCAACAGGCAGUCAUGACGCAAUGGACGCAACAAAUACAACAACAAAAACACAUCAUCCCGGUGGCACCGCCAUACUCGUGGCAACUUUAAUGUUGCUCUUUGCCGCGCUUACAUUUAUGCUGGCAUUCAUUAUAGCACGUCGCCGCAAACGAGGUUGUUUGCCAUUUGGUGUGAAGAAUCGUCGUCAUGCCUGGGAUUUCCCUUCCAAGCCAGAGGGAUUCAAAUUGGGCGGCCUCUUGUUGGAUCGUGGCAAGCGUGGUGGCUUCGAGAAGCUCGAUCAGAAUGCCAGUGAUGAAGAGAAUGAAGCGUCGACAAAUAUGUUAACUAGUGCACCAUUCGCUUAAAAUACAUACACUUGCCAAAAGUGUUAACACCGCCUGCAAGCUUUAUUGAAGAAAUGAAGACUAUCUGAUUUCUUAUGACGUCACUAUGUGGAAUCUUAUAAUAUAGGGAGAAUUUGAUUUUCUUUUUUUAACAACUUUUUCAUGUUGUGUUUGUUGGAUGAAUGAUAGUUUAUUUUGAAAAAUCAAACAUACAUACAAACAUGCUAUGAUCCGCAAAACAACUCGAAAUUUCAACUUCAAAUUAUUCCAAAAAGAAAAAUUACUUAAAAAUCUUCGUGAUUACAAAACAUUCCAACGCUCAGUUUCCAGUGAUUUUCUCAUUAAAAAAUCCAAAAUUUGUAUGUAUGUAUGUAUGUGCAACAGUUUCGUGUAUGAAAAGUUUGUGUAUUUGUGAUUAAAUAUUUUAAUGUCUUAGAAAUCAUAAUUCCAUAUUUUUUAAAACACUGUGACUGUACUAAUUGUGGCCAAAUUUU